GAUCCUCCGUCCUACUGAGCUUCUCCUUCACCAUGUCCCUCACUCUCAAGCUCUCUUCACUCGCUAUCCGCACGUUCUCAAAACCGAUCGCCAAUCAAAUCAAAGCUCAGGCUCGUGAACAUGAACGUUUUCGACGACUCUGCAUUUCCAUGGCGCAGUCCCUCCACCAAAUCGACAUGCGACUCCGUCUAGGCAAUAUACGCGACAACGCUGCCCAACAGAAACGGGCUGCUGCCGAAGCUGAGGCCAGGAAACAUAGGCCCACCUCUCCAACCGUCAAGUCGGAGGCAGAUACGAAGGCAGAGGAGGCUGCCAUCGCAAAAGCCAAAGCUGCAGCAUCAGAUGCAGCAAAGCCCGCACCCAAACCCCACAUUCGACCCUUAUCCGAAUCCAAGGCUAUCGAGUCCGGUGCGACCUUUAUAAGUGAGGCCUUUUUGUUUAUUGUAGCGGGAGGCUUAAUCGUUUUCGAGUCGUGGAGGUCAAGAAGAAAGGAAAAUACUCGGAGAGAGGACGUUGAAUCACGACUUGCAGAGCUGGAAGAGUCGGAGAAGGCUGCCCGCAAGGCUUUGCUUGCUUUGGAGACGGAACUGUUGCAACAAAAGCCCAAACAGGGCUUGCUGUCGAAGUCGCAGCCCCGGAUUCUUCCCCGCGAGGUAUGGGAUGAGGGAGAGAAGAAAGAAGAAAAGGUCGAAGAAGAGGGAUUGUUUUCGUACAUCACAUCAUAUUUCUCCUUUGGGGAGAGCACGGAGAAACCAUCUGAGGCCGUCAAGGAGAAUCAACCUGCAACUGACCCAAAUCCUGCAACUGAUGCUCAAUUGCCUCAGCAGGCUUCACCUCCUGUCAGCCAGGGCAAGAGUCCCUCGGACUCGAAAAGCUCCUAAUGGAGGUUAAUUCUUUGGCUUUUCAUCUUCAAGCAGAUAUUCGAGAUAGAAAUUGUUCGGAGCGCUCUAUUUUCUUUGGUUGUUUUUUUGUUGUUUUUAUUGGGAUACCCUUCUCUGUUAUUGAAGAACGAUUGGACAUGUUCUGAUCAGUGCAUAGAUGCUGCGUGGUGGUCUGUUAGGAGUGCCAAAGAGCGACAUGUUGCCUGAUAUGACCUUAACCUUUCUCCCCUCACUUUCAUCCAUCGAAAAUAUCACAAACCUGUCUGUAUAUAUACUGCACUUACAAACUUUCAUGUCUAUAACUG